AUGUCCUCUUUAUCUCUUCCCCAUCUUCACAUUAUGCAAGCAAGAAGAGAAAGAAGAGAGGGAGAGAGAGAGAGAUAAAGAGAAAGAUAAGAUUUAGGUGGUUCUAGAGAGAGAGAGAGAUGGGGAGGGGAAAGAUAGAGAUAAAGAGGAUAGAGAACACAAGCAACAGGCAGGUGACCUACUCAAAGAGGAGAAAUGGGCUGAUUAAGAAGGCUAAGGAAAUCAGUGUUCUCUGUGAUGCUCAUGUUUCUGUUGUCAUUUUUGCUAGCACUGGGAAGAUGCAUGAGUAUUGUAGCCCUUCUACUACGUUGGUUGAUAUCUUGGAGAGGUACCACAAGCACUCUGGAAAAAAGUUGUGGGAUGCUAAGCAUGAGAAUCUCAGCAGUGAAAUUGAUAGGAUCAAGAAGGAGAAUGAUAGCAUGCAGAUUGAGCUCAGGCACUUGAGAGGAGAAGACAUCACCUCUUUGCAUGGUCACAAAGAGCUCAUGGCCUUGGAGGAAGCUCUGGAAACUGGCCUUGCGAGUAUUCGUGACAGAGAGCAGAUGGAGCUCUUCAAGGCGAUGAAGAAAAAUGAAAGGAUGCUGGAGGAUGAUAACAGGCGCCUCCAAUGCAUGCUGCACCAGCAAGGGAUUGACAUGGAGGGUGGAGAUAUGGAGAACGGAUAUCAUCAUCAGCAUCAGCAUCAUCACCAUCAUCAAGUGAGAGAGUACCAGCCACAGAUGCCUUUUGCCUUCCACAAUCUCCAGAUUCAGCCAAUUCAGCCAAAUUUGCAGGAGAGGUUUUAAUGUCUGCUGAAAUAUAUAUUCUACAAGUUGAACUUAUAUAUAAUUAAUCUCUGGCUUGUUGGAACUGUAAUGGGGAUCGAACCUUUAAUCACCUACUUCUGGUACUAGUAGUAGUAGUGAUGGUGGUCGUAGUAGAACUUGUAAUAAGGUAAAACUUGGUUAAUUUGUGCAACAAUUAUGUGUGGGAGUUAUAUAU